AUGGCUUCAAAAACAUUGUGCGUCCUCGGGGAUGCGAACGCCGGCAAGAAGACUCUGACCUGGCACCUGGUCUUCACGUGCGGGGCUUCCCUUCCCGAGAUUGCACCAAUCGAGAAGAGUCGGAUUUGCGAUUAUCGUGGCAUCGCAACCCUUUAUCGACAGAAAGGCAGACCCGUCUCAUUCUACGGCCCUUCGGCCCAAUACACGAUCACAGACAUUCCUGGAAUUGCCGAUAUUGCCCUCUGGGCUGUAGAUGCGUCUGCUGAUGACUACGGAGCACGUUCGAGCCAAAGUCUUGCGUCCCUCUUGUCUUCUGGGAAGCUCCGUGUCGAGGAGCAGCUGAUUAUAGUUGCUACUAAAAUGGAUCUGGCCAACUGGUCGGAGACCGUAUUCGCGCAGGUCGCACACUCGUUCACUAAGAUCAAGCUGGCGCAUUUCAAGUAA